AUGAUUAUUAACUCAAAACCGAAUCAAAAAGCCAAAUUCAACUUAGCACUCACGCCAAAAUCAGUGUGUAAAAAGUGUAGACAUAUUAAGAAUGACGACGUGCUUGAUUUAGUAUUUACGGAACAACUGGGAAGCUUUUUUUUUCACACUACAAUAAUUAAUGUCAGCAUCCAUCUGAACAUUUACUGUAUUGAUUACAGUGCAUUAUAUACACAACUAAACCAUUUUUACUAUCUGACAAGUUUGACAGUAAAGUUUUUAGAUCCAAUUACAUUAAAGAUCGCCUAUUCUUUUCUAUCUAGUAUUCCAAAGCUGUACAAUUCAUCUUUUGAUUUGCUUGUUGAAGACGAACAUAACCAUAUAAUCAUGGAUCAAGUAGUCAGCUCUCAUAGCAGAAAAGCCCAUUGUUACGCAGAAGAUAAUAUCAAAAACAUCAUAUCACACAAGUUACUGGAAGCAGUUAUUGUUUUUCAGAAAAACUGGAUAUUUGCAACACAGUUUGAAGCCUAUAACCGAAAUAAUUCAUACAUUGACGAAUCUACCAUGACAACUUUAAUGGACAAGUAUCCAAGCAAUCUUGUCGUUAAGGUUUUAGAUGCUGUUGACUGGUGGGCUAUGUGGCAGCAAGGAACUAGUUCAUUGAGAUUCUUUUCAAGCGAGAACAUAUAUGUAAAUUGCCAUGAUGAUGGCGUGAAAGCACACUUUCAAUACCCCAUUGAUAUCGCUGAUAUCGAUUAUUCUGAAUCACAAUUCUCAUCAAAAAUAUUCAAGAAUGAACAGUACGAAGUGAUUUUGAAGCUUCUCAAAGCUUCACAAAUAUUAAAGAACUGGCUAUACCGUGAUCGAAUUAAGAGUUUCGCCUCAAUCAAAGAAAGAUUGGUCGCAAACAAAGGAAGCAAAGAUUUGAUAGCUCUAGCAAAAUACAUGUGUAAAAUACUUUAUUUCAUUGGUGUUGUAUUAUAUAUUGACCUCUUCAUGAUAUUGUCAACAAUAAUGUUGGAGCUUAGAUCAAAUGUAUCAUGGACUGUUCAUAGAAUUAACAUAAUGUUUAUCCUUUCUAGAACAAGAUACUAUAAUAAUAGCCAUGCCGUGCCCAAAUUCUUAUUUGCUAUUUACUAUCUAUGUCUGAAAUAG